GUACGUGUACAGUAGUCUCGGUAGUUUGUCGGUAGGUUGUAGGUCCCAGCCUGCCCCGUUACUCUCAGUUCAUGUCAGCGGGACACCGACGGACAGUCCGGGGCUGAAGGACCACAUACAUGGAGGAGCCGUGAGGGGACACCGGAGGAGGACCGGAGAGGACCGGAGAGGACCGGAGAACUUUUCCCGCGGUCUGUUUUGGCGCAGCAGGGUAAUGUGUGGUGAUGGAGGAGGCGGAGCACAGCCGCUACGUCGCCCAGCUGAAGGCGGAGUUUGACAGCUGUGACACCACCGCCACUGGUUUCCUGGACCGAGAGGAGCUGACCACGCUUUGCAGGAAGCUGCAGCUGGACGCUCACCUGCCACUGCUGCUCGACACACUGCUGGGAGAACGCACCUAUGCCAGGGUGAACUUUGAGGAGUUCAAAGAGGGCUUCGUGGCCGUUCUGUCUCGCUCUCUGGACUUCAGCACCUCAGAGGAUGACAGCAGCUACCUGGAGCCAGUUGUCACAGAGGAGGUGAAACCAAAGUUUGUGAAGGGGACGAAGCGUUAUGGCCGUCGCUCUCGUCCUGACAGUAAACCUGAUUCCACGCUGCCCUGCGACUCGGAGGACUCACCACCGUCCAGAAACGAGGCAGAGGACUCGUCACCUGUUGGCGUCCGCAGAGCCAAACUGAGACGGUCAACGUCUCUGGAGAGUGUGGAGAGCCUAAAGUCUGAUGAGGAGGCAGGAAGUCAGAAGGAGAACAUCCGACCGCUCUUUCAGAAUAAAGGUGCUCAGCAGACGGAGGUGCAGCUGGGUGUUGAAGAAGGCGGAGUUGAUGUUGGAGGCGUUCUGUCAGCAGUGUGUGGUCACCUUGGUCUGCAGCAGAUCAACACAGAGGAGCUGGACCUGCUGCUCAGGAAGCUGGACCCUGACCUGGACAGCAGAGUCAGCAUCAGAGACUUCCAGAAGGUUCUACGAGGCUCCGCCCCCAUCUCCUGCUCCACCCCUGUACGAUCAGCUGACCUGCAAAGGGCGCCACAGCAGUCCGAAGCUGUGUCAGAGGAGCACUCGGCUCGCUCCACCACCCCCUCCCUGCUGACGGCCACCGUGGGUCAGAGAGUCCUCAGUCGGCUGGAUGACGGCUCAGGAUGCAGCACCCCGGACCGGGUCAUCGCCCUGUGGACCGAGGAGGGGAUCCGGAACAGCCGGGACAUCCUGCAGACUCUGGACUUCCCCCUGGAGGAGCGCCUCAGUCUGGCAGACCUGACUCUGGCUCUGGACAAUGAGCUGCUGGUCAGCGGGAACGGCAUCCACCAGGCGGCUCUCAUCUCCUACAAGAACGAGAUCCAACACCUGCAGGUGUUUGCUGAGCAGGCCUGCAGGGAGCGGGACAAGGUGAAGGCAGACCUGGAGCUGGCUGACCACAGGAACCUGCAACUGGUCAGAGAGGUAGACGACCGACACGCCAGCAUGGAGACCUUGAACCAGACCAGGAUCAGGGAUAUAGAGCAGGACUUCCGUGAUAGGCUGAUGGCUCUGCGCAGUCAGUCGGAGCAGGAGAGUGAUGCUCUGCUGCAGCAGGCGGACAGAGAGCGCAGCACGCUGCAGGACGAGCUGCAGCUGCUCAGAGCGCAGGAGGCCGAGCUGCAGGAGGAGCUCUGCAGCGCCACACAGGAGAACAGUCGUCUGGACGAGGAGCUGAGUGCUGUGAAGUUAAAGCUGACUGAAGCAGAGAGCUCAGUGAACAGGCUGCAGAGAGACCUGGACCAGCUGCUGCACGACAAAUUUGCCAGUUUGGACCCGUCUGGUUCUGCUCUGAGUCACGAGGAGCGGUUCUCCGAGAUCUUCAAAGAAUACGAGUUGCAGUGCAGGGAGCUGCGGGACAGAAACGAUGAGCUGACCUCUGAGGUAGAGCUGCUGAAGAGUCAGAGGAGCGACAGGAAGUCCAGACAACGAGACCACAACAAUGCUGCUCUGAGCUGGACACAACAACAACAACAACAUCAACAACAACAACAACAACAUCAGCACACUGACAACGAUGAGUCAAGCUCUGACGAGUCGGACAUGAAGCGCAGCUCGUCUCCUCUGGUCAGGAAGAAACUACAGCCAGCAGAUAAAACAGCUCUGGGUUCUCUGGACGUGGUCUCUGGUCCUGGGGUCAGUAUUCAGACAGAGUUAGCUCUGGAGCAGCUGAAGCAGAAACACAACCAGGAGCUGCAGCAGCUGAACAUCCAGCUGGAAACACAGGUGAACUAUUAUGAGCGCAGUCUGGAGAGGAUGAGGCAGAGCAUGGAGGUGGAGCGUAAAGACAUCUCUCAGGUCUUCAAGAUGGAGAUCAGUGAGCUGGAGGAGCAGAAAGCUCAGGUGGAGCAGCAGGUGAAGCAGCUGAAGGAGACUGUGGACAGAAUGCAGACUCAGAUCCAACAUGGAGGAGGAGGAGGAGGGGGGUGGAGCAACGAGCAGGAGCGCAGGACGCAGCGGGAGCGAGCCGAGCUGGAGCAGAACUUUGCGAGAGAGAUCGGUAACCUGGUCCAGAGACUGAGCGCGGAGAAGGAUCAGCUGGAGGCUGAGCUGAAGCUGAAGAUGGACCAGGAAGUGAUGAGGGUCAGGGAGGACGCAGAGCAGCAGCUCUCUCACGCCACGCUGCAGCACGCAGACGCUCAGCACCACCUCCUACUCCAGCUCCACCAGGAGCGCCAGCAGCUGCAGGAGCAGAGAGGAUCCUGGGAAAAACAACUUGCACAAUCAGAGCAGGAGAAGCAGCAGUGUGAGGAGAGAGCUGUGGAGGAGCAGGCCGGGCUCCACGCUCGGUUCUCGUCCGAGGAGAGCAGGAUGGAGGAGCAGCAUGAGGAGGAGGUCCGUCAGCUCCAGAAGCAGCUCGUCUCUUCAGAGGAGGUCCUCCAGAUGGCCCGUCAUCAGCUCAGCCAAUCAGAGGCCAGCUUAGAGGAGUUCAGGGAGCGCUGUGGUCAGCUGGAAGAGGAUCUGGCUUCCUCUAGAGGGCGCUGUUCUGAGCUGGAGUCCAGACUGGAGGAGGCCUGCUCUCAGCUCGGGGAGAGCAUCAGUUUCCUGGAGUCUCACGAGGUUCUGAACAGACGGCUGGCCUCGGAGAAGAGCUCUGUGGAGGAGGAGCUGCAGCGUGGGAGGAGCAGGGAGGAGCAGCUCCUACUUCAGGUGAGCCAGCAGAAAGAGGAGCUGGGAAACCUCCAGGCCGCGUCCCAGAGCAUCCAGCAAGACCGCCAGCUGGAGGCCGACAACUGCAGCCGUCUGUCCAGCGCCUUCACCCAGCAGCAGGCUCAGCUCAGAGCCCGAGAGCAGACCGUCUAUGCUCUGAGGGCCGAGCUGGAGCAUCUGCAAGACACCAUGAGGAACAAAACUGAGUCCCUGUCCAGACUGACUGCUGAGCUGGACUCACUGAAGACAGAUCGGGACAGGCUGAUCCAGGACCUGAAGGACCAGGCCAUGGCUGUGGACAACCUGCAGCUGGAGCUGGACAGCGUCUCUGAGGAGCUGGACAGGAAGAGGAGUGCAGAGGAGGCUCUGCAGGAGGCUCUGAGGCUGGAGCAGACCCGGACCCUGCAGAUCCAGUCCAGUCUGGAUGAGGAGAGGGAGGAGGUCUGCUGUCUGAGCCAGGAGAAAGCGGGCUACACCAGACUGGCCGACCAGCUGUCCAAUCAGAUCGUAGAGAUGGAGGAGGAGAUCUCCACGCUUAGAGACCAUCUCAGGGAUCUCAGCUCACAGCUCAAUCAGACGGCAGACCUGGUCCUGGACCUCAAGAGGCUGCUCAGUUCCAAAAGCAGUGAGGUGGAUCGGCUCCGAGCUGAGGUGGCAGGCGGUGCUGACCUCCUACAGCUCGCCAAGGCCUCCUCAGAGAAGGUCCACAGGGACGCUCAGCAGCUGACCAAUCAGCUGGAGGAGAAGGAUGGAGAGCUGGAGCAGGUCCAACAGCAGGUCCUCCAGCUUCAGCAGGCCCUGCAGGACUACCAGGACCGGCUGGGGACAGCGGAGCAGGACUUUGAGCAGGAGAAGAGCAGGAUCAAACGGCAGCUGGUGGAGCUGGAGACGCUGGUCCUGGCCUUGGAGGAGGUGAUGGACCCGUCUAGUCCACACAGGGCUCAGCUGGACGAGGUUAGAUCAGAAAACGGAGCCCUGCAGGAGAGACUGAGUGUCCUGCAGCAGGAAGUCCAGAACCUGGAGGACGAGGUCUCCAAGAAGAGGAGGAAACUGGAGGAGAUGGAGAGAGAGCACGAGAGGAGCAGAGAGGAAGAGGAGAAGCUGCACAAAGAGAACUCCAGGUAUCGUGAGGAGGUUCUGGAUCUGAGCAGCAGAAACCUGCAGCUCAGCAACGACAACGGCGAGCUGAGCGCCCGGCUCCGGGGAGACCAGCAGUCUGUUCAGAUGCUGCAGGAGCGCCUAGCAACAGUCUCCAAGGAGCAGGAGGAGGAGGCGGCCAUGGUGCGGCGGCUGCAGGACGCAGCGGGGCAGCAUGAGAGAGAGAGGCUGCAGCAGCAGGCAGCAGGGACGCAGGAGACAAAGCUGCUGGAGAGAGAGCUCCACUCAUACAAGGAGAAGGUGGGUCGUCUGUCGGAGCUGGAGGCGGAGCUCAGCGCUGUGACUCUGAAGCUGCAGUGGGUGGAGGAGGACAAAACCAAACUGCUGAGAGAGGCAGACGACCGAAACAACAAGGUGGAGAAGCUGCAGCAGUCAUUGCUCUCAGUUGAGUCAGAGGCGGAGCUGCUGCGCUCUCAGCUCCACGCCAUCAACCAGGAGAAACUCCGCCACGCCCAGGAAGGGAGAGAGCUGCAGGGGAAGCUGCAGGAGGCUCAGAGGAAGGUGGAGGAGCUGGAGACCAGCGUCAGGAGGCUGAUGAGGGAGAAGGAGGAGCUGAGUCAGGCUCUGGAGGAGCAGGAGAGUCAGACCUCCAUCAGUCUGCAAGAGGGGACCCACAAACUGAGAGUCCAGAACCAGGAGCUCCAACACAAGCUGUCUGAACUGCAGGUUCAGGGUCUGGAGAUCCAUAAGCUGACCCAGGAGCAGCAGAACCUGAAGACCAAACUGAGUGAGCUGGAGCUGGCCCGGACCCAGGCUGAGGAUCAGGCUCUGCGUGCCAACUCGGCGCUCAGUCUGGUCCAGGCGCAGCACCUGAGGCAGUUGCAGGAGCUGCAGGAGCGAGGGGGGUCCGGCUGCAAGGAGCAGGUGGAGCUGCUGCAGGUCCGGCUGGUGGAGGAGCAGAGGAGGAGCCAGCAGCUGGAGGAGACGCUGAGGCUGCACAGCCAGCAGAGCGGCUCGCAGCUCAGCAUGAAGCAGGAUCAGUACGAGAAGGCAAUGUCGGCCCUGCAGCAGAGGAUGGAGGAGCUGGAGACCAAAAUGAAGGGGGUCCGGCUGGUCCUGCAGGAGAAGGUCCAGCAGCUCAAAGACCAGAUGGCAAAGAACACGAAGUCUAGCAUGCUGCUAAAGGACCUGUAUGUGGAGAACUCUCAGCUGAUGAAGGCUCUGCAGGUCACAGAGCAGCGACAGAAGACUGCGGAGAAGAAGAACUUCCUGCUGGAGGAGAAAGUCCGCGCUCUGAGCAAACUGCUGAGAGAGAUCGUCCCCGCCUCUCUCGCCACGUAACCACACGACAAAACAUCACACGCCUCAGCUGCAGCCGCUCUUCGAUCAGUGAAGCAGCUUCAGUAUGGAGACAGACAUGGACAGGGGGGUUCAGCCUAGCCUCUGUGGAACUGUUAACAGUGAAACUGAGACUCAGACGAACAGAUGAAGGAGUGCUCCUCUGUGGAACUGUUUACAGUGAAACUGAGACUCAGACGAACAGAUGAAGGAGUGCUCCUCUGUGGAACUGUUAACAGUGAAACUGAGACUCAGACGAACAGAUGAAGGAGUGCUCCUCUGUGGAACUGUUUACAGUGAAACUGAGACUCAGACGAACAGAUGGAGUGCUCCUCUGUGGAACUGUUAACAGUAAAACUGAGACUCAGACAAACAGAUGAAGGAGUGCUCCUCUGUGGAACUGUUUACAGUGAAACUGAGACUCAGACGAACAGAUGAAGGAGUGCUCCUCUGUGGAACUGUUUACAGUGAAACUGAGACUCUCACGAACAGAUGGAGUGCUCCUCUGUGGAACUGUUUACAGUGAAACUGAGACUCAGACGAACAGAUGAAGGAGUGCUCCUCUGUGGAACUGUUAACAGUGAAGCUGAGACUCAGAUGAACAGAUGGAGUGCUCCUCUGUGGAACUGUUUACAGUGAAACUGAGACUCAGACGAACAGAUGAAGGAGUGCUCCUCUGUGGAACUGUUUACAGUAAAACUGAGACUCAGACGAACAGAUGGAGUGCUCCUCUGUGGAACUGUUUACAGUGAAACUGAGACUCAGACGAACAUAUGAUGGAGUGCUCCUCUGUGGAACUGUUAACAUUGAAACUGAGACUCAGACGAACAUAUGAAGGAGUGCUCCUCUGUGGAACUGUUUACAGUGAAACUGAGACUCAGACGAACAGAUGAAGGAGUGCUCCUCUGUGGAACUGUUAACAGUGAAACUGAGACUCAGACGAACAGAUGAAGGAGUGCUCCUCUGGCGGAUGCAGACAUAUCUGGAGGGGGGCGUUCUGUUCUCUGUGAUCUGACACACGCUCACUUCUUGAGGUGAUGAUCAGAAAGGUCUCUUCGUUUAAACAGCCUCACCUCAUUAAGAAACUACAGGUGAAACACAGAGAUUGUACCCAGGUGAGGUGGAGCUGUGCAGUUUGACUCUCAGCUGUGUCUGGGAUGUGGGCUGGCCUAUCACCUGAGUCAUCAGCAGCCUCACCUGUAACAACAUGUAUUCAGCAGGGGUUUGUGUCCGUCUCUUUGAAGCUGCUUCACACACUGCUGACUUCUUCUAGGAAGACGGAGAAACCAGUCUGACAGCACACACACACACACAUACACACGCAUAUACGCACACAGUAUUUCACCAUGAGGGUAUUGUUCUUGAUCUUUCGUUGUUUUUAUGUCAAAGUGAGACGUUUAUUUUUGGUCCAAUCACACGCUCAGAUUUGUGUGUUCAGUUUUUCCCUCAGAGUGAGACCUCUUGUUCUGAUCCUGUUCUACCUGUGCAGGUAAACCAAACCCGUCUGCUGUCACAGACAGAGCUCAGACUGUAAGAUACUGUAACAUGAGAGCACAUUAAAUUAUGUUUUUAUCACACG